AUGCCGCUCCGUCUGCGCCAUGGCGGUCCCCCGCGCCUCUCCUCGUCGUCGUCCUUCUCGUCGUCGUCAUCGUCGCCCACUCACAGGUAUCCAGACACGGGCUCCCCCGGCUUCACGCCCCGCGCGCGCGUCACCGAAAAGUACCGCAUCGUGGGCUUCAUCAGCAGCGGCACCUACGGCCGCGUCUACAAGGCCGUGAGCCGCACCACGCCCUCGACGCGCGCCACGCCGACAUCCUCGUCGCAGCAGGCCAACGGCAAUGGCUCAUCGGCAGCAACGACGGGGUCCGGCGGCGGCGGCUUCGUCGGCGCCGAGGUGGCCAUCAAAAAGUUCAAGCCCGACAAGGAGGGCGAGCAGAUAUCCUACACGGGCAUCUCGCAGUCGGCCAUCCGCGAGAUGAGCCUCUGCUCCGAGCUGCGGCACAACAACGUCAUCGGCCUCGUCGAGAUCAUCCUCGAGGACAAGUGCAUCUUCAUGGUCUUUGACUACGCCGAGCACGACCUCCUGCAGAUCAUCCACCACCACACCCAGCAGCCGCGCCACCCCAUUCCCCCGGCUACCGUCAAGAGCAUCAUGUUCCAGCUGCUCAACGGCUGCCAGUACCUGCACACCUCGUGGGUCCUGCACCGCGACCUGAAGCCUGCCAACAUCAUGGUCACCUCGGCCGGCGAGGUCAAGAUCGGCGACCUGGGGCUCGCCCGCCGCUUCGACAAGCCCCUCCACUCGCUCUUCAGCGGCGACAAGGUCGUCGUCACCAUCUGGUACCGCGCCCCCGAGCUCAUCCUCGGCAGCUACCACUACACGCCCGCCAUCGACAUGUGGGCCGUCGGCUGCAUCUUCGCCGAGCUCCUCUCGCUCCGGCCCAUCUUCAAGGGCGAGGAGGCCAAGAUGGACAGCAAAAAGACGGUCCCCUUUCAGCGCAACCAGAUGCAAAAGAUUGUCGACAUCAUGGGCCUGCCCUCGCGCGACAAGUGGCCCCUCUUGCCCACCAUGCCCGAGUACAACCAGCUCGGCACCCUGCAGUCGCCCACCGCCCACCACCACCCCCACCACAGCGGCCACCACCACCAGCAUCACCACCACGCCCCCGGCCGCGGCUACUCCUCCUCGACGUCUUCGCCCUCAGGCCCCGGCGGCGGCGGCGGCUCCGGCAACAGCAGCUCCCACCUCGAAAAGUGGUACUACAACACCAUCUCCAACGCCACCAACCCGCCCUCGUCCGCCACCUCCUCUUCCUCCUCCAACAACAAUAACAACGCGCCGCUCACCUCCCUCGGCCCCGAGGGCUACCGCCUCCUCGCCGGCCUCCUCGAGUACGACCCCUCCAAGCGCCUCACCGCCGCGCAGGCCCUGCAGUCGCCCCUCUUCAGCACCGGCGACCGCGUCACCAACAACGCCUUUGAGGGCCUCAAGGUCGAGUACCCCCACCGCAGGGUCAGCCAGGACGACAACGACAUACGCACCAGCAGCCUCCCCGGCACCAAGCGCAGCGGCCUGCCCGACGACUCCCUCCUCCGGCCCAGUAAGCGCGUCAAGGAGUGA